AUUGUGUAAACGAUAUUACUGGCCCUGCUGUCUACUUUGAUGCUAUUUUUAGCCCGCUGUACUCAUGCCGCCACAGGCAGCGAUCGCAUCUAUAGCAGGCGCUGCGGUUUGAAAACCAUCUUCCCCAGUCGCUUUUCUUCGUGCGCUGCGUUGUGAUUGCGGCGUAGAGAUGCACAUUGUCACACAACGGGAAUAGCCGUCCUGGUCGUCUUUUGGACAGCCGUAUAUCCUCCCUGUGAACUCAAACUGCAGCAGAGCUAAAGGAGCUUUCCUGCCUCUGCUAAUAUGAACUCUCCUGAAUAUUCAGUGGAAGUUAAGCCCGAGGUUCUGGCCGUCCUGGAGCCCGCCUCGCCGCUGGACCUGAGCACGGACAGCAGGAUGCCGGCGCUGGGGGGGGGGGACUCGGACGCCUGGGAGCGCCGACUGCAGCGGGAACUGCUCCUCAUCCAGAAGCAGCAGCAGAUCCAGAAGCAGCUGCUCAUCACAGAGUUCCAGAAGCAGCACGAGAAUCUGACCCGCCAGCACCAGGCCCAGCUGCAGGAGCACCUCAAGCUUCAGCAGGAGCUGCUGACCAUGAAGAAGCAGCAGCAGGAGCAGAACCUGGAGAAGGAGCGCCGACUGGAGCAGCGGAGCGCCGAGCUGGAGGACGCGCACAGGCACGAGCAGGAGCGCCAGCGCAGGGAGAAGCACGUGCUCGUCCUCCGGAACAAGGAGCGCGCCCGAGAAAGUGCCAUGGCCAGCACUGAGGUUAGGCAGAAGCUCCAGGACUUCCUGCUGAACAGACCAGCCAAGGACGGCAGCUCCAGUCACGUGACCGGCUACCGGCCCAAACUAUGGUCGUCCCAGCAUAUGUCUAUGGACCAGAGCCCCCCCAGUUUGGGGACAAUGUCACCCGCCUACAAAUGCACCCUCCCCUCACCGCCAUAUGGAAGAGAGAGCUUCCCGCUACGGAAGACAGCCUCAGAGCCCAACCUGAAGCUGCGGUCGCGGCUGAAGCAGAAGGUUGCCGAGCGACGGAGCAGCCCGCUGAUGCGCCGGAAGGACGGCAGCGUGCUCAUGGUGCCCUACAAGAAGAGAGUGCUGGAGUUUGCUGGCUCCAUAGCCAGCAGCAGUGCCCCAGGAUCCGGACCCAGCUCUCCCAACGACAGCUGCGGCAGCCUGGUACUGGAGAACGGCGCCUCCCCUGUGUCGGCCACGCAGAGCGAGCGUCUGCUGUCACACCAGAGACUCCUGAAGCCCGACAACUCCAUUAGACUGCUGUACACAUCGCCCUCUCUGCCCAACAUCACGCUGGCGCUGCCCCCCGCAGCAUCUCCCUCGCCCAUCGCCGCCGCCACAGCCCUGAAAGAGACGUCAGCGGACGCCGGGACGGGCAGGCAGGCUCACUUCCUGGGCACCAUGCCUCCGGUCGCCUUGGAAAGCAAAGUGAACAGCAGCCACCAGGCUCUGCUGCAGCACCUGCUGCACAAGGAGCAGAUGAGACAGCAGAAGAUCCUCCCGCCAGGCAUCGGAAACGUCCCGGGGCUGCCCCCGUCCCCGCUGGCCGUGAGGGAGCGGCCCUCCUCCAGCCUGCGGCCCAAACUGCCCCGGCACCGGCCCCUGAACCGCACGCAGUCGGCGCCGCUGCCUCAGAGCACCCUGGCCCAGCUGGUCAUACAGCAGCAGCAUCAGAGCUUCGUGGAGAGGCAGAAGCAGUACCAGCAGCAGGUCUACAUCAACCAGAUGCUCUCUCAAUCUAUCGAGCAGCUCCGGCAGCCCAGUGACAACCUACAGGAAGAGGAGGAGGAGAGAGAGCAGUGCGUGCUGCCCCCUGGUGGAGUCAUCCGGAAGUACAGCCACGGCGGCAGCACCUGCAGCUCAGACGGAGAGCCGCUGGAUGCUCAUGCGGGGGUCAUCAGGGUGAAGGAGGAGCCUCCUGACAGCGAGGAUGAGGGCCAAGCGCAGGGGGCGGGGCUGGGGGAGAGGGAUGCCCGUCUACAGCAGGUGGGGGGCGGCGAAGCUCCUCAGAGAGUCAUCAUACGAGCCAUUAUGUAGAAAAGGAGAUGGAGGGAGAGAGGAAGGGGGCAGACACCAGCUUUAUGCUGAGUGCCCUGAUUUUUUCAAGCUUUUGGAAAAAAAACAAAAAACAGAUGAAAAAAGAAACAACAGUGACAUUGUUAGUAAAUGUCUCCUCCGGCCUCCUCGCCCCGGUGUCUGCGGCACCUCCUCGCACUAACCGGGUUGGGCCCUCAGAUCGGGAAUGCCCGCGAGAAGCUCGUGGACGACGGCCAACAACCCGACCCCCCAGCCUGCCAGCGCCUGCACGCCCCCUUGAGGCCGCCGAGUGUUCAGCACCCACCUCUGACUCCUCACCGGCUACCCGGCAGUUUCGUGCUCAGCGACCAUCGCCUCGUGUUCAGGGGGCAGUACCUGACAUUCCACAGAAGUGUAUCGCGGUUACUUACACGACGAGUUACACCUUUAACCAAAGUGACUUACACAGCUUGCGGCUUUUCCUUUUUUAUUCUUUUUACCUUUGCCUGGUCCAUCUCGCCUGGUUAGACAGAGUCUCUCCCUCCCACUCUGUGCUCUCCAGUCCGGAUCCUUUUGCCCAUUAUGUAAAUUCAACCCUGGCAGGAGCCAAAGGCCAUUUUCAGCCCUUUUUUUUUUUUUUUUUUUUUUGUAAAGCCCAUGACUCGCUGGCGGCUGUGAUUAUUCUGGACUCGGUCCCGCCUCCGUCCUCUGAGGAGUGAUUUAACGCUGGGAUCUUUGAGAUCGUUGAACUGAAGGGGGCGUCUGGGAGCUUACCCCGCACGAACCCCGGCUAUCUCGGCGGAUACGUGCUUCCAGGGCCGGCCGGCGAGACGAAAACCAAUCUCAAGGCGAAGACGAGCACCGGCACCUGGGCCUCGCACCCCCCCCCUUCUUGUUUCCCCCUCCUGGGUUCCAAACCCAGGCGCCUGUCAGGCGUCUCGCUCCCCCGUCGGCUGAGGAGUCAUCGGGACCGGCCCCGGGACAGGAAAUGCUGUGAGGAGUGAGGAGUCACAGUGAGGAGUCACCGUGAUUCAUGCAGAAAAGCGAGAGAGGGGGACCUCACGGAGUCGCCGGGCCCCCAGCCUCAGAACUGAUUCACUGUCGAAGCCCCCAGCCUGGCAUUUCCUCUCCGACCUGGCUGCCGUUUCUCUGGGGGACAAGGCCAGCGUUCUUCGCGUUCCGUAGAGCCUUUUGUGUCCACGUUUAAUUUUGCCUGAUAUCUGUGAAGCAUCGCAGGUUUGGGGAAAAGGCUCCCAUGGACGCAUCCCAGAGAGACUGAUCAUUUUAGGUGCGAGGGGGCGGAGGAGACCCCCCCCGCGGAGCCGCUUGGUACGCACCGAAGUGUCUGAUCCACACCGGGCUGCACUUCUGCCUGCAGUGCUUGCCCAGUCACAGCCCGGCUCCAUGUAGAUGUUAGAAGCUGAUCCAGUACCAGCGGUGCUUUGCUGAUGCCCCCCCUGUUCCUGAUGUUGUCGUCCUUGUUGGGAUUCACACCUCUGUGUUUGUGACCUUUCCUCUACCUUUGGUUAUGGUCCUUUUUUCUAAAUAAAAUACAUUUCCUGUCUAUGUUUUAAUCCUC